AUGGCAAAAAGGGUACGGCAGGUAAAGGGUAUAAUGGUAAAUACGUUUUCUGAGUUCGAAUCCCAUGCUGUUAACUCUCUCUCUAAUGACAAGCUUCAAAUUCCACCCGUUUACCCAGUGGGACCCAUAUUGAAUCUCGAAGACUUAAGCGGAGACGAUCAAAAUUAUGAGACAAUCAUGCGUUGGCUUAACGAACAACCUCGUUCAUCUGUAGUGUUUCUCUGCUUCGGAAGCAUGGGAAGUUUCGGUGUGGAUCAAGUGAAAGAGAUCGCCAACGCACUGGAGAAGAGUGGGCAUCGAUUCUUGUGGUCUUUACGGCGACCAGCGGAGCAAGUAAAGGGCAUGAAUGAAUACCCAACUGAUUAUGAGAACGUGGAGGAAGUGUUACCGGAAGGAUUCCUAAAUCGGACGAUUGGGAUUGGUAAGAUCAUCGGUUGGGCACCACAAGUGGCCAUCAUAAGUCACACUGCAAUAGGAGGGUUUGUGUCGCUUUGUGGCUGGAAUUCGACAUUAGAGAGUAUAUGGUUUGGUGUGCCGUUGGCAACAUGGCCGCUUUACGCGGAGCAACAACUGAAUGCAUUGACGUUGGUGAAAGAAUUAGGAUUAGCAGUAGAGAUUAAGAUAGAUUAUAAGAACGAUGACGAUAAGGUUAAAAUUGUGAAGGCUAAUUAG